AUGGCGCAGCAAGGCGCGACGCUGCAGAGCUACAACAACGAGCUUGUCAAAUGCUUGGAAGACUUGAAGAAGAAGCGGGAGGAGGUGCACACGCAGAUUCUUGCUGAGGAGGAGGAGAAGCUGAAGAUCCAGAAUGACCUGCAUAUCCUGACGGAGCGCCUGGCGCGGGUGACCGAGUCCCUCAACAAGAAGAUUUCCAUCCGCAACGAAUAUGACCGCACCAUCUCAGAGACAGAGAGCGCAUACAUGAAGAUCCUUGACAGCAGCCAAUCGCUGCUGCAGGUGUUGAAGCGCGACUCUGUAGCGCUGGAGGAGAGAUGA